AUGUCAGGAUUCGAGAUUGCUGGCGCUGUUCUAGGUGGCUUCCCAAUUCUUCUCAACUGCAUAGAUUAUUACCGCGGAGCCCUUGAGCCGAUGGACAAUUGGUGGCACUUCCGAAAAUAUCUCAUCGAGUUUGUCGACGAUAUCAGGCACCAGAACAUGAGAUAUCAUGAUAAUCUCAUUCGACUUCUCGACCCCAUCAUUCCUGACAAUGAGAGUCUUGUGAACUUGAUAAGAGACCCCACCGAUUUCCGAUGGAAGGAUGGUAGCCUUGAGGAUCAUUUGAAAGACCGCUUCCCAAGUGAGCUGGACCGCUUCCUUCGAACCAUUGAGAGGAUGCACGAUGUGAUGUUGGAGCUCUAUAAGAUUCUUCAAAUUCGAGAUGGAAAGAAAAUCGAAAACCUUUGCGCCUUUUUGGAGGAGACAUCAUGGAACGAGGGUGUCCUGCAUGACGAGUUCGACAGGCACCUCGUCUUCAAUAAAGAUUCAUCAGGUUUGCGACGUAUCGUUCCCGGCAAAUUGAGGCUUUUGUCUCUCACCGAGUUGCUAGAAGCACACCACCAAGCGGAUAUAACCCUUUCGAGGCAGUCACGGUUCGAGAUAGCAGCCCAUAUCUCGGCGGCGCUACUCAACACGUAUCCCUCGCCUUGGAUGCCUUCUUCCUGGACGAAGAGCAGCUUUUACUUCCUUGUUGACGAUGAGACGCUCUUGAGCUGCCAUCCAUUUUUGUCAAACACAUUUGAGCUCGACAAGGAAGAGAGCUCGCUCUCCGAAGAAUCGACGUCACCCAAGAACAUUUCGGAGCAGACAGCCCGCAACUACCUGUUCACUGUCGGCGUAAUAGUUUUGGAACUGAUAUUUGGGCAUGACAUUGGCCAUUGCCGCUUCCGCAAAGAUUACCUUCAGGAUAACAGACCCAAUGAGCUCACAGAUAUGCUUACUGCUCAACGGUGGGCGAAGAAAGUUCUAGGCGAAAGUGGACCGAAUAUUGCGGAUGUUGUUAGGCGCUGUCUAGACUGUUCAUUUGGCCCAAGGCCGGUACUCUCAGACGUACGGUUUAGAGAGUCGAUUUAUGAAGGAGUCAUCAAGCCCCUGGCAUCAUACGCUAAAAUAUGGCCUGAAGUGAUGGUCUAA